ACCACAGCAAUUCCUAUCUACAGUAUCUCACACUAGACCUCAGGAUCUCCCUCCUGGACCACAGCAUCUCUAAUCUGGACCACAACUAGGCUGCAGCAUCUCACACUGGAUCUCCUCAGCAUGGUCCUCCCUUCUACUCCCUACCUCUGUCACUACUCACCAAGAAUGAUUUUACAAAGUAGACAAAUUCAUGUCACUCCCUCUACCGCUGUGCUUAACAUACAAGCCUUUAACCCUUGAUGCUUAAAUAGUUUCUACAGGCUUCCUUGUCUGUCUUAUUUUCCACAGAAAUGUCCACCAACAUAUGUUUCUCUGCAAUGCUCACCUACCUGCUCCUCACUCUUCCUCAUAAACGUCUGGUUCCUGGUUUAAAUAUCCCCUCAUCAGACACUACCAUUUAUUAUUUUCUGAUUCAUCUGGGUUUUCUUUAUUGUCUAUCUUCCCACCCUCACAGGGACAGGGGACAUCUUUAUUCUUCCUGGUCCCUGGCCUGGUGUAGAGCUCCAAGCCUGACAGUUGCUUGAUUGCUCUUGACUAAGGGAUGCCUUUGUCUCCCUCUGGUUCCCAGAAGCCUCUGCACCAGGACGCCUGCAGAGGGAGGGUCUGUUUGCAGGCUUAUCUGAAUUCAAGCUAGACACGGAGUGAUGGUUACCCUGGUCCUAUGCAUGGGGAAACAGAGGAUCAAGAGGCAAGUCACAAUAACAUUCCCAAGGACGUACAAGAUGCAGGCUGAUUUGAUGCUAAGGCAGUUUUUGGAGGACACACAGACAGGAACUCAUAAAGAAAAAGAAUAUGGGAGUGAUGUAGGGGAAAUUUUAUUUAGUGAAUAAGAGAAGGGGCAUGAGAGGAGGAAGGAAUGAAAAACAUGAGGUGGGGAGAAAAGAGGCAAGAGAGGCUGAGAUCUGGGCACUGUGAUCUGGGCACUGCUCCCUUCCUGUGCCCCAGACUCCAUCAGGAAGCCUGCGGGCUUUGAGCUGGAGUCUGCAGCACCUGACGUAGAAUGUGUCCCCUGGGGGGCAGGGCUAGCCCCAGUUGAGGAGGUUUAUAACCCUGUGGGGGCCCCUGUGGGUAGCAGCUCUGCUCAGCUCAGCCACAGAAUCACAGACUCUGGAGUACAGAGGAGCCAGCAUGAUGGUCACUGCAAGAACCCCCUGGGGCUUGUUCCUAGGGCAUCUCAUCCUUGGGGUCACAGGAUCCUUAGCCUCAAGUGCCAGCGGUCGGAUCAUACAAGGCCAGGACUGCCGUCCACACUCGCAACCCUGGCAGGCGGCACUGUUCUCAGAAGACAAUGUAUUUUUCUGCUCGGGCGUCCUGGUGCAUCCGCAGUGGGUGCUGUCAGCAGCACACUGCAUACAGGAUUCGUACACAGUGGGACUGGGCCUGCACAGCCUGGAAGGCUCCCAAGAGCCUGGCAGCCGGAUGUUAGAGGCCCACCUCUCCAUCCAGCACCCGAACUACAAUGACCCUCCUUAUGCCAACGACCUCAUGCUCAUCAAACUAAACGAGUCAGUGAUGGAGUCUAACACCAUCAGGCGCAUCCCUGUGGCGUCCCAGUGCCCCACCCCUGGGGAUACCUGCCUAGUCUCUGGCUGGGGUCGACUAAGGAACGGGAGACUGCCCAGCCUGCUGCAGUGUGUGAAUCUGUCAGUGGUGUCAGAGGAGACCUGCCAGCAGCUCUAUGACCCCGUGUACCACCUCAGCAUGUUCUGCGCUGGAGGAGGGCAGGACCGAAAGGACUCGUGCAAUGGAGACUCUGGCGGUCCCAUUGUGUGCAACAGGUCCCUGCAAGGGCUCGUGUCUAUGGGACAAGGAGAAUGCGGACAGCCUGGCAUACCAAGUGUCUACACCAAUCUCUGCAAGUUCACUAACUGGAUCCAGACCACCAUUCGGACCAACUACGGACUGACCAUACCGCCCACAUGAAACCUGCUGAGGGAAACAGAGACUCUGGAUUGCUCUCAACCCUCUUCCAUCGGACCCACCCACAAGU